AGAAACUUUUUCUUUAAAAUUCAUUUUAAGAAUACAAUUUUUGCGCAGAGCUUUAAAGAUCUGCCUUAGACAGGCCGUAAAAUGUAAUAGUAUGUACACUUAAGGAAAACUUGUUGUACGUUAGUGUAAAGUCAAGUGCAGAGCAAUCGCAAGCAAUGGCGUUUGAAUUCAUUUUUCAUGCACUCAAAAUUUUCCAUAUACCCAACUAUUACCUCGCAAAUUGAAAAAUUUUAAAAUCUAAUCUCAAAAAUAUCCUGACAACGUUAUUUAGCCGACACGAGGGUGAAAGGAAGGGGAGAGCAUGAAAAUGAAAAUAAAAGAUUCCGAGCAAAUAUUUGCGAUGUGGUCUCAAGAGCAGCGAAAGGAUUAAAGAUGCCAAAGGAGAGGAAUAUAGCGAGCAGAAUAAAUAAAGAAACAGCAAUAAAAAUAUAUAGAACAAACCAGAAAGUAAAAAGAGGACCGCAGCAUACAAGCAAGAUGGGAAGGAAGCAUGUCGAAGGUUGGGUGGAAGGUAAGCACUACAUAAGGCAGACGGUAAGGCAGUCAGGAGGGCAGCCAACUAGUCAGGCAUUUUGGUAUGCAAUUUGCAUAAGGAAAGCUAUGCGAGAUGGCUUAUGCAGCAGUAAGACAGACAUGCUUGGUACAAAAUAACAAAGAAGCUAAACCAAACAAUGAUGCCCGUUUAGUGAUUUAGAAUGCAGCGCAAGCAAGAUGAAAGUAUGUAAAAACAAUAGGAAAAGAACGUGAAGGGAAAAAGGAUGGUGUAAGAGGGAUAUGAGAAAGCUCUUUCCACAUACCCUUCAACCAGAGACCAGUGACUGUAAUUUGGAAAUUAUAAAAAAAUAUGAUUUCUUGCUGCUGUACCAGCAUAAUGCGAAGGACAUAGACCCUACUGCUGAAGUGUUUGAAUUUAAAUUGUGAGCUGCUGCCGCUGUCGUUGCACACUGACCUCUGCGGUAGCGAGUAGAAUGGCGUGGACGGGGCUUGUAUUAACAUAAUCAACACGGCGAAAACGGAAGUCGAGCGCAUAAUCGAAAUUGCCAACGGUCAGGAUAUGACAUGAAAACGUUGAUGUGUAUGUGAAAGUGUAGCAAUAGUUGGCAGCAUGUAAAGGAAAGCGAAGAAAGCGCGGAACAGUUCCAAUGCAUUGUGUUCAAGGGAAAAUUAUGUGAAGAGCAAGAAAUUGUCAAAUUGAAGCGCAAGCAAAUCACGGAAGUGAGUUUAUGAAUUUUUGAAAUUUAAAUGGAUAUAUUCCACGAUAUUUGCAUAUACUGCAUGCCAUACAUAGAACGUUGUGGAAAAGUACUACCAAUGGCACAACUGUGAGGGUAUGUUGGCGUUGGUAUUUAAGCGCAAAAUUACAAAGCUAGCGCGCACAGGCAACGGAAGGAUAGUUGCACAAAUGCGCGGCUAAGUCGAGCACCGGCAUCUCAAGGGAAUAUGUGAGCAAGCGUGUGGAUGUGCAAAAAACGAAAUACACAAAGGUGCAGAACAGAAGCAAAAGAAAAUAUGCAUAGUGAGAAGAAAAGUGCAAGGGUUUGAAAUUAACGCAGCAGGAAGAGAGUAAGCAGCGAAAAGGUGCAGAAUUAUAAAUUUGAGAAAGUAAAACUAAUAAUAAAGUCUACUCGCCAUGCUAUGAAAUAACGAGGAAAGUGCAGUAACAAACAACCGACGAAAGUAUUUAGGAUUUUUCACUAAUCUUCGGGUGAAAUAAUCAAGUGAUACGCUGCUGUUGGGCGACAUUCAAUCAACUGGACCAGUACGCCUGCGCGCGCGCUCUAUCUUUUAUCGAAAUACGCACGUGAUACCCUUUCCCCAUCAGUAGCGCGCUGUCAUUCUCUCCUCGCCCCACUUUCUCUGCAUCUAUCUCCUUCUCUCUAUCUCGUUCACUCUCUCUCUUUCUCAACUGGUCGAGCUGCUUACUCGCACACUCACUUGAUUGCGCAAUUGAUCUUGUGGCUCUUUGGCUUAUAAAUGUACAAGGACAGCAGCUACCGCAGCAGUCCGCAGCCAACACCGCCCAAAGCAACGCCAGUAACAACAACAGCAGCAGCAGAUAAUAUAACAGUCGUAACAACAACGGCAACAGCAACAAUCACAGCAGCCGAGCUUACGGCGAGCACACAACCAAGUGAGACUGAGAGUGCAUCCGGAGUAGUUGUCGCAACAUCGCACACGACAAAUGAGCCUGCCGCCACUGGAGCGACAGUGAGUAGCAUAGCAGAAGCUGCUAGCGCAGCACACGUUAGCAUCAGCACCAGCAGCAACACGCCCAUCACACUCAGCCUCGCAGCCGAACACUUGGAGGCGGAGUAUUACCAACUCAGCUGCGCCUCAGAUUGUUCGGUGUCGUCAACAUCCUCAUCAUCCCACACCUCGUGCAGCGGCAGCGACGACAGCGAGAAUAGUGAAGUAUACACAUUUCGUGCGCGUCCCGCUUUCCCCGCACACACCUUACGCGGUAGACCCAAGCGGCGCGCUACUCUACGCCGCGAACACGCACACAGCGAUAGUCAGCAAGCGACGCCACUAGACGUCCCGAGUCGCCGUGGUAGCGCUGUAAGUGGCCUCAGCGGCGGUAGUGGCAUCAGCGGCGGCAGCAGCAGCUGUCGGCAUCAUAAACAUCAUAAGCGUGCCAGUAUCAGCGCUGAUGUGCGCGUUUUGCGCAAAAUCGGUUAUAUUGCGUCACGCGUACGCUUUUUAGCAAAAAUCUAUGGUGAUUUCAAGUUGGUGAAUCCUUAUAGUCCAGCCAAACAGCGCAAGCAAUUACAGGAUAUACUACUGCGCCAUUCGAUACCCGAUACAGAACGUAGAAGUGCGGCAGCUGCGUCGGGUUAUCGAACGAAGCGUAUAACGACGGCGGUUGACGCCUCGGUGGCGGUAGCGGUAUCGGCAGACGUAACGACCACAACGUCGGCUACACCGCUAGCCCACCAACGCAGUGUAACGCCCGAUAGUUCGUUGGCAAGCAGCAGUUACGGCAUAACAAAAACGAGCGACGACACUAAAACGGCGUACGAGGACGAACAGGCAGCGCAAGCGCCUAGGGCUGAAGAAGAGCCGACGCUGAGCUCCUUAGAGGACGACGAGGAAGAGACUUCUGCGACAUACACAGGGGGCACGGUGCGCCGCAAGUCGUCCGUAGUUGUAACGGGCGUGGAGGAGACCGCCACAUCGAAACAUUCACUUGCUGUACUUGAGGAGCUGCUGGUACAGUUCUAUGAGCAGCGACAGCAUCGCAUCACCGUAAUACGGCGCCGACAGCACAGUCGUCGCGGCAGUCAGCGUGGUAACGGUAAAAUCACAACAAGCAACAAACAGCUGCCAACGCAGCAGCCACAAAAGCUAAUCAUUAUGAGCGGUGGCAGCGCUGUUGCGAUGGACAGUAACGUCGGGCAACAGCUACUGCAUACAACCACCGAUAUAGAACAGCAAACGAAUUUACGUAAUGCCAAUAAUCUGUGUAACAGCAGUAAUACAGCUGAUAGCAGUAGCCAAGUAACAGCCACAACGCAACAAAGCAGCACAACAGCUGCGGCAGCCAUAAAUACACCCGCAACUGCAUCUAGUCAAACACAAAAGCCACCGCAGCAGCAACGCAGCUACAGCAAUGCCUUCCUGCAGCCGUUUAGCAUUAGUGGCUGUAUGGAUCGUCGGCGGCGCGCCAGCGAUUGCUCAACGCAUCCUAGUAGCCAGCAAUUGUUGCAGCAGCAGCUGUUGAGCAAUCAAUUGCAAGUAACGCUAAAAAACAACAACUACAACGCAUUUACUGCGGGUGUUGGUGGCAAAUUUCCUUAUCAUCGCGGCAGCUGUGGGGGCGCAGGCGAACAUUUGCUGGCUGCCAAUUCCAUUGCCAAUCGUUCGACGAUCAUACUGAGCAAAUCUUGUAGCAAUGUGGAAGGUGGACCGGCGGCGCUUCAUGGCGGUGUUGGUAGCGGUAAUGGUGAUGUGAUACGCAAAUUUAGCUUGGGCGGUCACGUAGACGCAUCGAGUAAUGGCAAUAUGGCGUCGCCAGCGUUGACACCCUCACCAACACAGCAGCCGCAGUUAGCGGCCACACAUGCGGCAUCACCACAAGCACAACAACAGCAGCAACAACAACCCACCGCUGGCGUUCCGGGCAGCAAUGGCAACAACGAGUACAACAUUGUGCAGUUGAAUAACACGAUAAUACAGUGUCACUUCAACGAUGAGGAUUUUCGUGCGCUCAUCAAAGACCUGAAGCGCAAAGUGGAGUACACCGAGCGCAUGAAUUGGCUAUGUCUCUCCAAGCGUCCGAUGGGUCCGCCGCAUCGCAAAAGCAGUCUACCAAAGCAUCAGGAGGUGAAGAAGCGUUUUCUGGAAAUUUGUGAUACGAACUUCUCGGAUGAGGUGAAAGCUGCACUACGCUUGCCCGCCUUCGAUUCGUAUGAAUGGGGUGAUGCCGAUGUUAUACACCUAAUGCAAACGAUGUUCCUCGAAUUGGGCUUCAUAGAUAAAUUCAAUAUACCGAUUGAGACGUUACGCGAAUGGCUGUAUGAGGUCUACAAGCAUUACAAUGAGGUGCCGUUUCACAAUUUCCGGCAUUGCUUCUGUGUGGCGCAAAUGAUGUACGCCAUGACACGCCAUGCCAAUCUGCUGCAACGACUAGGCGACCUGGAAUGCCUGAUAUUGCUGGUGUCGUGCAUAUGCCAUGAUCUCGAUCAUCCAGGCUAUAAUAAUAUCUAUCAGAUAAAUGCGCGCACCGAAUUGGCGCUCAGAUAUAAUGACAUCUCGCCGCUGGAGAAUCAUCACUGUUCAAUAGCAUUCCGCUUGCUGGAGCAUCCCGAGUGUAAUAUCUUUAAAAAUUUCGGCAGAGACACAUUCAAAGAAAUACGUGAGGGCAUCAUACGUUGCAUAUUGGCUACGGACAUGGCGCGUCACAAUGAAAUACUAACACAGUUUAAGGAGAUUACACCCGUAUUCGAUUACUCAAAUCGCGCACACAUAAAUUUGCUCUGUAUGGUGCUGAUUAAAGUGGCGGACAUCUCAAAUGAGGCGCGUCCCAUGGAUGUUGCCGAACCUUGGCUUGAUCGACUGUUACAGGAAUUUUUCGCACAAAGCGCUGCCGAAAAGUCUGAAGGCCUGCCAGUCACACCCUUCAUGGAUCCGGACAAAGUAAGCAAGCCGGGUUCACAGGUGCGUUUCAUUGGUUUGGUGCUAUUGCCGCUCUUCGAAGCGCUGGGUGAUUUGGUGCCUGAAGUGAUUGAAUUGAUUAUCAUACCAGUGCGCAUAGCGCUCGAUUACUACAGACGCUUAAACGAUGCUCAAACUAAAUCGCGCAAAUCCGUUGCAGACACCGCCUCAAUGGCCGCAUCGGACAACAUUAGCGCCGCCUCGGAUGGUGGCGGCAGUACGACUGCUGUACAUACAAGUGGCGGCCAUGCACACAGCCCAGCGGCUGGCACCAAUGGUCAGGCUGCGGGUGCCAGCACCGCCUCCACAGGCAGCGCCACCACCGGUACCGGCGGCGGUGGCUCUGGCAGUGGUGGCACCAACUCUGGCGGCAGUAUUUCACCACAAAUGCCACGCUCACAAUCGGGCAUUAGUGUGAAGUCCCGCCGGAGUAUACCAUCACAGAAAUCUGCCUCUCGCACAUCCGUCGAUGAGCCGCAAUGCUUGGCAGCGGAACUGCAUGAUUUGCCAGAGGGUAGUGAGAGUGGCGAUUCGGAGACGGCUACGGAAGUGGAUGUCGCCGAGAAGACUUCCAAGUUCAAAGUGGACACCGAGGGCAGCAGCAAUCGCUCGAAAUCCUCUCAUUCAACUUCGCGAAAAUCGUCGCGCGAAAAGCGCCCCUCCAUGAUCGGCGAGAUGUGCAGCAGCGGGGGCGGUCAGCGCAUACGCAACUCAUACGGCAACAUACAUGGCUAUCACUCCAAUCGCUGUCACUUCAGUUCCAACCGCGCCGUUAGUCUAGAUCAGUACAGCACCAACAAUCGACGUCUCUCCGAUGGGCUUCAGCAGGUCAUCUCUGAUAGCAAUGUUUUUUACAAUCGUCAGAAUCGUGGCAGUCUUGAGGCGACCGCCAGUCGUCUCGGUGAAGAUUUGAAUAUGAAUGCGACUGGCGUGUGUAGUGGCAGCGCUGGUGGCGGUGGCGGCGUUACAACUAGCAUUGCUGGUGUAACACAGUCCUCCGCGCAGCCGCUCAACCCGAACAAUGUGCCAAAUAUGGAGUGCAGCGCCGGUAUGGCAGCACAUGUAAGCGGCACGUGCGCCAAUCAGUCUUGCCAGCAUCAUCAUGCACAUCAUACCUACUACACCCACACCCACCUUCAGCAGCAGCAUCAACAGCCGCAGCCACACCUACAAUCAUCAUCGAAUGGCAAUCUCUCUCCCACCCAAUUGCUGCAACCGAAAAUGCAGCAACAUUGUUGUGCUGCAGCAGCGGCUGCAGCUGCUGCCGCCGCGGCAGCCAACACGUCCAACGGUCUGAGCGGCAAUGGCGUUGGAGGCUCCACCGUUUCUAAAUCCACCUGGAAGGCACGUCUUAAACAGUUCUCCGACUAUUUUGGCUUCUCCUUCGAUAAGGGCGGCAAGCGUUUCGGCAGCACACGUAGUUCACCGUGUUCGGCGCGCAACAACAACACCACCGGUUUAGCGGGAGCGAAUCAAGCCGUAAGCGGCAGCGGAGCAAGUGGAUUUGAUCCGUUGCUAGGCGUUAGUGGCAGCGGUGGCAAGCCGCAGAGUAUUUGCUGCACCAUCUCGAAUAAUCUGCAGUCCCCCGGGCUGCGUCACAAAUCGUUAGCGGCUGGUGCCGGUCUGCCGACACAUUCAGAGUUGGUAAAUGCCGGCCGUCUACGCGCCUACAGCCUGGACGUGCCCUGCAGUCAUACGAGUAAUCCGCGUUAUAGCAGCAGUAGUGGAGGCGGCGGCGAUAGUAGUCGCAAGUCAUCGCGACAUGAUGGUGGCACGACCGGCACCGGUGACGACAACAAUAGCAACAAUACGCUACAUAGCAGUGGUGGGGGUGGCAGCGAAAUGCCUACUUGCUUGCCGCCACCUAUACGUAUCGGCAGUGUCGAUGCCAGCGAUACGAUACUCAUUACAACCGGCCUGCCACGUGUUAUUACACCCGCUCAACUGGGUGAAGCCGAGCCAAGUUUGAGUAUUGAUUUGGGUAUGGCUAGUGGAUCCUCAUAUGAGCCGCCAAAAAUUUGACAACGGGGGAGCUCGGAGACGACAACGAAUUCGCUCUCGAAUAAUGGUGCAUUCGCAGCGCUGCUACAGCAACAGCAGCAACUGCAAAAGGAGGCGUCAUCGCUGCGGCACAGCUCCAGCUGUAACAUGUCGUCGAUGUCGCUGACCAUUUGGUCGGCGCUGGGGCAAAGACUCAGCGCAUUGGUGUGUCAUUGCUGCGAACGAAAGUUGCCCGAGCCGGAGAAUGUCUGAAGCGUACAGUAGGGUAGGGUAAAGUGAGGGGAGCGAGUAAGGAAACGAUGCUAGAUGUGCGGCAUGCUGUUAUUGUGCAUAAAAUGUUGCCGUGAAGCACAAAAGAAAAGUUCCGUAAAGCAUGGCUAUAAUCCGCUUUAGAAUAUUUACUGUUUUAAUUGAAAAAAAUCUACCAAGAGUUGCAAGUAGUUUAUUCAAUAUUUACUGGAGUUGAAGUGCUAGUGUUGCGGGCAACAUAUUUCUGUACUAGGUUAUAAAUGUAAUUGCACUCUACUAAAUUUCAUAAAUCCCAGUUGGACGCAUAAUCCUUUUCAAAUGACCAGUCAGCAGCAUGUUGCAAGCAACUUUUUUUGAAAGAUUUAUUUCUGCUUUAGAUAAGCGGGCAAGCGGAUUU